AAUACAAUUUCUUUUUUGAGCAAACAAAAUCGCAUCCAGUUAUAUCCCAAGAAAAAUACUAUAAUGUUAUCUUCCUUUGGUUUUGUUUCAUCAGCCUAUAUGUCUGAUUCCGACGUGUCACGCCGGAAAAUGACAACAACGACGAGAAUUCACAUAAUGGCCUUAGACGGCAUCGUCAACGUUAAUUCACUCUUCACCUUAGCCCUAUUCCUCGGCAUCACCACCACCAGCACCACCAACACCCUCAUCGGCGACGACAACGCCGCAUGCGCCGCCGGAGCCUCCAUUUCGGAAGGCCUCAUCGCGUUCCACGUGUACUCCUUCAGCUCGUUUCUAUUCUCGAGCCUCAUCGCUUUGGCUCUCAAAAACAUCAUCAACUUCAGCAAGGACAUCAAAGACGGUGACGUCGUUCUGGACAACAACAACAACAACUGGGUUCACAGUGCUGCGAAAAUUAACACUGUUGUUUUGAGGUUGGGAACUCUCGUUUCGGCUUUUGGGUCGGUUUUCGGAUGUGGGUUCUUGGUGAUGGCUCUUGUGGAUUUGGUACAGAUCAAGUUGGGAACUUUGGCUUGUGGUAGUCCUCAUACUUUUGCUGCCGUGGCUCCAUUGCUUGUUCUUGUUCCCACUGCGCUACUGAUCUAUGUUGUUCUCGUCCUCUAUUCCUUUACUCGUUAAUUAAUUAGGCUUUUAUAUAUAUUGCAUAGUACUAUUAAAUAAAUUAUAUUAAUAUGAUGAUUUAAUGUGUCAAAGUGGAUAAAUCUCCACAAUAGGAAUCAAUUUUAUUGCAUGUAUCAAAUAUUGCAUCAUUCGAUCAAUUUUAUUUUAUUAUUUUGUAUGUAUUAUUUUAAUUUUAUUGCAUGUAUCAAAUAUGAUAUAUAUUUUUUUAAUAUAAUGAUCAUAGAAGCCUGCAGCUUGCAGAAAAUUUGUUUCCUGCUGUGCUUGCUUGGGAGGGAGGAGUGAUUAUCAAUUACUUUUUGUGAAGCAAAAUUGAAGUCCAGGCAAAUGAUGUUCUCUUCCCAUCACUUCAUUAGAAUACUAUUAUUUGCAAUCUUUCUUGCGCUGAGGAGUGGAGAACACUGAACACGUGAUUAGAUUUCUUCAUUUUACUUGCUUCUCACCACCUCCUUCAUGUGAUCUCGUCUCUGAUAUAUUUGGAAGUUACCUUAUGUUCUCUCUCAUUUCAUAAUUAUACCGAUAUUCUCAACCUAACCAAUGUAUACCUCUAUUUGGUUACUUUUUUUUCCUUCUUAUUUUGCCUUGUUAAUGUUAGCGAGUGUAAAACCUGUGUAGUGUUUAUAGAUAAUAUUCAUAUUAAACGAACAUGGCCUUUUUUUGUUUGCUAGGAAAAUGAAUCAGCUGUUCGUUGAUACCAUAACGAUCGGUGCACAGGAGAAUUAAGAAAAAACAGAUUUUGCAGGAUUAGAAUGGAGUAGCAACAUUACAAUUAUCUUCUGCCAGUAUCAAUAUUAAUUUCAUUAGGAGUAAAACUAUUCACUGAUUGUAGGCAUUGUGCACAUUUUUUCUUCACUUAAAUGACGAUUUGUGGAGCAUAUAUUUUAUUCACAUGCAAUGCAAACGAGGUUUUGUUAGCUGACGUACAAAUGUAUUAUCUCGAUGCUAUAGUAUUAUGUUCUUUUGAUACCUAACAAGACUUG